AUGCGACCGUGUACGUUGGGGGCUUGGACGAGAAGGUCAGCGAACCGCUGCUGUGGGAGCUUUUUCUCCAGGCGGGACCGGUGGUCAACACCCACAUGCCCAAGGACCGAGUCACAGGCCAGCACCAAGGCUAUGGGUUUGUGGAGUUCCUCAGCGAAGAGGACGCGGAUUACGCCAUUAAGAUCAUGAACAUGAUCAAAUUGUACGGGAAACCGAUACGAGUGAACAAAGCCUCGGCCCACAACAAAAACCUGGACGUGGGGGCCAACAUCUUCAUCGGCAACCUGGACCCCGAGAUCGACGAGAAGCUCUUGUACGACACCUUCAGCGCCUUCGGGGUCAUCCUGCAGACGCCCAAAAUCAUGCGAGACCCCGACACGGGCAACUCGAAGGGUUACGCCUUCAUCAACUUCGCCAGCUUCGAUGCCUCGGACGCCGCCAUCGAGGCCAUGAAUGGACAGUACCUCUGCAACAGGCCCAUCACCGUUUCCUACGCCUUCAAAAAAGAUUCCAAAGGCGAGCGGCACGGCUCGGCUGCCGAACGUCUCCUGGCAGCCCAGAACCCGCUCUCGCAGGCGGAUCGGCCCCAUCAGCUCUUUGCUGAUGCUCCUCCUCCUCCGUCUGUCCCGACUCCUGUUGUCACCUCCUUGGGACCUGGCGUCACCCCUCCAG